AUGGUUGCAAAGGGCUUAUUAACAGUAUCGGCGCUGGCAGCUGCAGCUGCGUCGGCAACGUAUGCCGGCACCGUUUAUAAACAAACACGCCGCACCGAUUCCCGGCGGAUGACACGUCAAAACACUGUUCCUGAUUCACUUCACAUAUCCAAAUCCGUCAAUGAAAUUGUUGAUCCCAGGGGAUACUCGAUUUCUUUUGAUACACGGUCUAUCUCCAUCGACAUACCACCUCAUCGGCGAAAUGUCUCGGAUGAGGAACUGCUCAGUAGAUUCACGAAGGCUUUCUAUGGGGGAGCUGUGAUUCGCCCGGAGAGAUUCGUCCUUCAAAAUCUGAGACCAAAUCUUGUCAAUUUCUCCGACGCGCUCCAAGUAUGGUGCGUGGAACAAAUAUCAGACUCCUCUUUGCUACCGACAUACACAAAGAUCUUUGGCACAUUUCAAGUUGUCGACUCACUGAUUCAUUCCCAAGCCGAUUUCUCUAAGGGAGCGGAAAGCUACAUCGACAUCGGAUUUGGAAAGGACCAGUCUUCUUUCGCUGGACUUCACCGUUUUUCGGCUUUCAGGCCCACCCCUGAAUCGCAGGAUCAUGUGGUUCUACAGUUCGCAUGCCAGGUUGCCUCUGGCCCAAGACCAAAUUUUGUGGCAUCUGCCAUUCAAUAUGCCGGCUUUUUUCAUAGAAUCUACGCGGAUUUGCUUUUUAGGGAAAGUGUUGGAGAAGUUGAGAAGUGGCUGCAUAGCCGUGACUAG